GACUUUAUGACUGACUGCUGCCCGAAAUGUGGUUUUGUUAUAGAGGAUGACAACAAGAUGCAAUGCGGGAAUUGCAGAAGGAUGUACCAUUUCAAACCAUACUGUAUUGAAGAUUCAGUUGUAGAAAUGCAAGAUGAAGACGAGAACUUUACUUGCAAACUAUGUGCUUUGAAUUUUUGGCCCAAAGUACACCCACAAGUAACCAAAGAGGCCUCUUUAGAACAUACAGUUCAUUGGACUAGCAAAGAUGAGAUACAGAAGAAAUUAAAGGAAUGCAGACAGUUAGACACUGAUGUCGUGUUUAUUGACAAUAUAGAAACAUCAACAGGCUCGGGGGACUGGUCUGCAAAGCAAACAAAAGUUGAUGAAAAGACAUCUCCAGUAUUCAGCCACAGGAAGACGAGACUUCUUAAAAGGAAGAGACAAAGGUCCUCAUUCAUAUAUCCCCCAGUUACAAAGAAAAGCAGAACAUAUUGUGUAUGUAAUACAGUUGAUGAUGGCAGAUUGUACUGGAAUUGUGACUUAUGUGAAAAAUGGUAUCAUCCGAGCUGUCUUGGCCGCGAUGACAAGGAGGAACCAGAGGUGUUUGUCUGCAACACUUGCAAGGAUGCUGAAAGAAAAGGAGAACAGGAUGACACUAAAAGAAAAGGGGAACAAGAUGACAAAGCUGUCACAUAUGCUAUUCCAGAUAUAAUAAAAAGGUUGGAUGAAGAAGAAGAUGCACCAGAUGAGAGUGACUACUUUGUUGAUGCAGAGACUGCUUGUAAACAUAUGGAGGCAGCCAUAACAAGAGCAAGUUUCAUAGUUUCAGCAGACAAGAAAAACAGACAUGGAAGGGAGUUGUUCAUGGCACGGAGCAAUUGCUUUCGUCUAGGUGGAAGGUCAAAAUAUUAUGGAUACGGGUAUGGUGUCUUCAGUUUCCAGGCGAGGGAAUGUGUGGAAAUUCAUCUAAAGAAAAAGUUUCUGAAGUACAGUGGCAUUUACAUCACCAAUGCGGAAAUUAUGGGAUUACAAGACAAAAAACUACAGAAUAUGUUUCAGGAAGACCGCAUACUGGCAGAAAUAUAUCUGUCCGAAGUUCUUGCAAUGGAAGGUCUGGCUGCCAUUUUCCAGUCUCUAACGAAGUGCGGGUAUGAGGAUGCAGACAAAGAACUGAAGAAGUUUCAAAACAAAUCAAAAUUCAAGGCACAGAAGGAUGCCAUAGAACAAAUUGCAUCAGUAAAAAAAGAACUGGAAAAGAAAUACAGCCCAACCUUUGUGAGCAAGACCUCCCCAGAGGAUAAACUGCUCUAAAAAGACAGACAUUUUCUUUCUUGUUGCAUAAUAACAACAACUCUACAAGAAACUCUCUUUUUUGUAUUUGUCUGAAUGCCAAUAUCUGAACAUUUUCAGCAGUCUGAAUACUGUCUAAACAGUGUGUUUACAUUCUGAACAUAUAAUAUUUUUUUCUGAACUUUUACUGCAGUGUGUCUCAUAGAUUCAAAAACAAAUUCAGAUUGUUUCAGAAGAUGAAUUUUUAGGAAUUUAUUCUGAAAUAUUUCUGAAAGAUUCAGAAAUAAAUUAAGAUUGUUUCAGUUGAUGAAUUUUUAUGAACUUUUACUGAAAUGUAUCAGAAAGAUAUAGCAACCUUAAAUAUCAAGUUAUACCCCUAGGGUGAAAAAAGGCCACAUCAAGGGGUUCACAACUUUUCUUGUUAUUCAAAAGAGUUAACAUUGUAUUAUACAGCUUGAACUCAGGUGAGCGAUAAGCCCACCUUGGUCCUCAAUAAUAUCUGUUAUUAUCCCCUGACGAAAGUCGGAGGGAUAUAGUUUUGGCGUUGUCCGUCCUUCCGUCCGUCUUUCCGUCCGUCCUUCCGUCUUUCCGUCCGUCCGUCCGGAGCCAUAUCUAGGAAAUGGUUGGGAAUAUUUAUUUAAAACUUCAUAUACAUGUUCACCACUAUGAGUUCUUGUGGCCCGUCAAGUUUCAGUCAGAUUGCCCAAGUAACACCAGAGUUAUGGCCCUUAGAACUUUCUAGUGUUAACUAUAUAGGGUACUAUAAAUAUGGCAAUUUCUGCAUCAUAACUUUUGAUAUAUUUGACCUAGAACUAUGAAACUUAAACAGAAUUUAGAUCACCAUAAUGUGGUUGUGUACACACAAUUUCAUUCGGAUUUAUGUGUAAAUUAAGAGUUAUUGCCCUUUAAUUGUAUAAAAAUCCACAUAUUUGUACAUAACAAACUUACCAUUUGGUAGAAUUUCAUUAAAUUUCUUUUAUUCUUUUCCAUGAACAUUUAUUGUAAACAUGAGAAGUUGUGUACCCACACCUGGUCACCCCCUUACCUUGAUCACACACCUCCCCCCCUAUCCCCCGACCCCCCCCCCCCAAAAAAAAAUAAAUAAAUAAAAAAAAAUCAUUCCUUAUUUUAGAUUUUUUUCAAACAAACUUCAUAUACAUGUUCACCACUGUGAGGUUAUGGGGCCCAUCAAGUUUCAGACAGAUUGCCCAAGUAACACCAGAGUUAUGGCCCUUGGAAGUUUCUAGUGUUAACUAUAUAGGGUACUAUAGAUCUAUAGAUGUGGCAAUUUCUGCAUCAUAACUUUUGAUAUAUUUGACCUAGAACUAUGAAGCUUUAAUAGAAUUUAGAGCACUAUAACCUUCCAAGUUGAACCAUUCCCCCACCUCACUUCUCCACCCAGUCAUGCCCACCACUGAUCAUGCAUCCUCUGCCCCCCCUCCCGCCCCCCCACACACACACAACUUCACCCUUUUUUUUUUUUUUUUUUUUUUUUUCAUUUUUCAUUCAAUAUUUAUAAUCAACAUGUGAAAUUUUGUUUCCUCUCCCGUUCCUCUUGCACCCCCACCCCCUAAAAUAAUAAAUAUAUACAUAUAUCUAUAUAUAUAUUUCCAUUCCUUUUUUUUUUUUUUUUUAAAUGUUCAAACCUUCAGCAUUACAUGUUAUGUUAUGACCGCACAAACCUUGCCCUCAGCCAUGUUCAAGAUAUCUUACCUGUGUUCUCUCAAGGACAUCUGCUCUUUUAAGUUCAAAUGUACAUGUUAAACAGCAACACCUGGUGCCAAACCACUCAAAGACAACAUUUCGUUCUAGUUAAACUUCAAGCUCACAUUUCAAUUAACUGCAUUUAAUUUUAAAAGCUAAGCUUAUUACAGUAAGCAUAUCCCAUUCAAAAUAAAUUCUUUAGUCAGGAUCAAAGUAUCAUACAUUUAUUAUGUACUCUUUAAUUAAACAUUUGUUUUCUGUUAAAUUGAUUUUGACUAAUGAAAUUAUUUGCUUCUUAUUAACAUCCUUAACUUUUUGCCGGAUAUAUCUUUUUGCCAUUCCUCACCACAAACCCUUUCGGCGGGGGAUACCAAUUCAUCGAAUUUGCUUGUUAUUAUUAAUAAUAAUAAUAUAGUUAUGUUUAUCUGAUAACUGAUUGCAUACUUAUAGUAAGUAAUUACUUGGAUUGCAAAUAAUGUCUUGCUUGCUGACGUAAUCAAAUAAAAAUUGAAUCUGUUUUGUUUACAUCUGAAAUAUAUUUGUAUGAC